GCGCCUGAACAGCAUGUAGGAGUGUAACCUAAUGACUAGGGUCCCUAUAUUUUCUGAACAGCAUGUUGGAGUGUAACCUAAUGACCUAGGGUCCCUUUAUUGCCCGAACAGCAUGUUGGAGUGUAACCUAAUGACCUGGGGUCCCUUUAUUGCCCGAACAGCAUGUUGGAGUGUAACCUAACGACUCCAUCCCAUGAUGACGAUCUGAUCCAAGUUCGAUUCUCAAUUCAAACAAACUCUUGUAUAUUUGUUAUUUGGUAUAAAAACUAUUAUGAAACUUUUCCAAAACAGGUUCGAAAAUCUCUUUCUAGUUGCGUUGAAAUUGAGUCUUUAAAGCCGAGCUAUAAGAACCUCAUGAGUUGGUAGCACGAAGAUCUACUUUCACUAACUUCUUCCAGUCGUUUCCUUCGUGCUAACAGACGCUCACGUUGGUUUUAGGGCGGUAGAAAUACUCUCGGCAGCGUCAGCCGGCCCGCUAAUACCAGGAAACACGCACAGAUGGGGAGAGAGGAGCUUUACGGUGGGGGGGGAUUUGCUCGGCGUUAAACCCUGACAGGCCACGCCAGACGCUGUCAGCCUCCACUUGGUGCCACCACGCAAAAAGAAGGGGCGUCACGACUGAGAGCACUUUAAAAAAAUGUCGAGAAAAAGCCCAAGGAUUUAGGAGGGGAGCAGGAUGGGACAUCCCAACGUGCCGCUGAAGUUCACACACCCGUCCAGUCGCCUGCAGCCUUUCACGCCGAACGAGAACCUGAACAACGCCCUGGGUGCCAUCAGGGUGUUGGGUCUGGAGAUGAUGGAAGAGGAGCUGAAGCCACACCUGUGCACCGUGCUGGUCAACGUCCAGGAGAGGAACAAGGGUGCCGCUGAGCAGGUGGUGAUCAGCGGCAUCCUUCCGGUCCUGGCCUGGCUGCUGAGGCGCAGAGGACCCUUGGCGCUGCUGGCGGCCAAACUGGUGGCGGAACUGGCCAAGGAAUCUGUGGUCCGCAAAGGUUUUGGGGACGCCGGCCUGGUGGUGGCCUUGCUGUCCGCGCUGACCAGCAAAGACCAGGACCUGCUGAGGCACGCCGCUCAGGCCGUGGCCCGACUGUCCUACGACAGCUCCAAGCAUCAGCAGUCGCUUCUACGCAAGGGGGCGGUUCCUCGCCUGGUGGCCGUCCUGCUGCGUUUUCCCGGCAACGAAACCCUGGAGGAGGCGUGUCUCCUGGCCCUGUGCAACCUCAGCAACAUGGGCGUGCCGGAAGAGGCCGGCAUGGCCUGGGAGAGGAGUCCGUCCGCCACACCCGGGGAGUCGGUCUUCCGCGGCGUGGCCCCGCGCACUUGCGGCUUGCUGACCUCGGCGACCGUGGUGCACGUGUGCCAGUGGGCGCCGGCGCAGCACGCCGUCAGCAUCGAGGUGGUGCAGCGGUGCGCCGCCCCCUUCGUGAACUGUCACGCCGGCAAACGGGCCGCUCGCUGGUUCCCCUUCGCCGCGUUGUGGGGGAGCUCAAAGGCGACGGGGGCGAAGGUGCCCAGACGCUCCAGUCUGAGGACGCUGGUCUUCCACACCUUCCUCUAAUGUCUACCAACCUCCAUUUCUGUUCCCUUUUCUACUUUUUUUUAACUCAUGAAGUGGACUUUUUUAAAGUUUACAUUAAAAAAAGGCAGCUUUUG